AUGCAGCACUCUCAGCUCGCCCCGCUUCCCAAUGACCUACCCUUCCGCAUCGUGUCAAAGACGAUCGGACAGGGUGCCUAUGCGUGCAUCAAAAAGGCCUGCCCGUUGCACACGAAUAAUCCCGUCUUCGCCGUCAAAUUCAUCCAUAAAGAGUAUGCCAGUCGACAAGGCAAGAUCAGCACUCGCCAAUUACAGAUGGAAGUCACGGUCCAUAAGCACAUUGGGGAUCAUAAUAAUAUAAUCGGUUUCUUCCAAACAGGGGAGGAUGCUACUUGGCGAUGGGUCGCAAUGGAGCUGGCCGAGGGUGGCGAUCUCUUCGACAAAAUCGAAUCCGACGAGGGUGUGGGUGAGGAUAUCGCGCAUGUAUACUUCUCACAGCUUGUGAGUGCCGUUGGGUACAUGCAUUCGAAAGGCGUGGGACAUCGUGAUAUCAAGCCCGAGAACAUCCUCUUGACAGCCGACGGGAAUUUGAAGAUUGCCGAUUUUGGUCUGGCGACCUUGUUCGAGUACAAGGGGGUCACGAAACUUUCCACCACGUUCUGUGGUAGUCCUCCAUAUAUCGCACCAGAGGUCAUCUCGUGCAGUACCCGAGGCCAGAUCAAGGGUAUGGGCUAUCGACCAGAUCUGGUGGACAUCUGGUCUUGCGGAAUCGUUCUCUUUGUCUUGCUCGCUGGCAAUACGCCGUGGGAUAGCCCGACGGAGAACAGUUGCGAGUUUAACGAAUAUUUAACUACAAAAGGGCGAACCAGCGAUGAAUUAUGGAAGACGCUACCGACAGCAACUCUAUCACUACUAAGAGGCAUGUUGAACGUUGACCCCAGCAAUCGAUUUUCCUUGGAAGAUGUCCGAAGGCACCCAUGGUAUACCCGACAGAACAAAUACCUAUCUCCAGACGGCAACCUGAGAGACCCCAUCAAUUUGGCAACGACCAUGUUUGAGUCUCUUCAUAUUGAUUUUACGCAGGACCCUCUCGCCCGGCGUGUAAGGCGCGGCAGCAUGGGCCCAACCCGAAUGGAUAUGGAUGUCGACGACGACUGCUUUGAUUGUAGACUUUCGUCUACACAACCUGAGAUGCCAAGGGCUGACUUGUUGGUCGACUGGGACACGCCUCACCUGACUGACGUUUAUUCAUCAACUCAACCGGCAACCAAGCCUUACUUUUCCCAAGAUCCCUUGCUGCUGGCAGACCAACUAGAAGACGAACCUUCCAUGUCUCAAUUCUCCCAUACACCUGCCGUGCCAUUGAGUCGGACACAGAAGGCCCAGCGAUUCCACGAUAUCGUACCAUCCCGCCCCAUGACACGUUUCUUUUCUACCUGGGAGCUUAAGAUACUGGUUCCUCUCAUAUCUGAAGCUUUGCACCGACUCGGGGUGCCCGUGCCAGCUGUCCCAGCUGUUUCGGCAGGAGACACAUCGGCCAUGAUCCGAGUCCUCACUCAAGAUGGCAGAGGGUGCACACUACAAGGCAAAGCCUUAAUCGAAUGUGUCGCCGAGGGCUUAUUCGAAAUUGAAUUCAUGAAAACCAAGGGCGAUCCCCUCGAAUGGCGACGUUUCUUCAAGAAAGUCGCCGUUCUAUGCAAGGACGCCGUUUACAAACCUGACAACUGA